AGAGAGAGGAGAGGGAGAAGUGGGUAAGGAGAAGAGACAGCUGUCUGCUGGGAAGCCCAGGAAGAAAGCUGGGAGCCUGAGCGAGAACUGGAGCCCUAGCGGGAGCCUGGCCCAGCGGGAGGGCCACCCGGGGCCGGUCAGCCUUCCAAGAUGCAUCUCCGGUUCAUCUGCAUCCUUCUCGCUGCGGUGGUCUCAGGAGCUCGGGGCUGGGGCUACUUUGGCUGUGAUGAGGAGCUGGUGGGGCCCCUGUAUGCCCGUUCCCUGGGUGCUUCUUCCUAUUAUGGGCUUUUCACCACUGCCCGCUUUGCCCGGUUGCACGGCAUAAGUGGAUGGUCACCCCGGAUUGGGGAUCCAAAUCCCUGGCUCCAGAUAGACUUAAUGAAGAAACAUCGGAUCCGAGCUGUGGCCACACAGGGCUCCUUUAAUUCUUGGGACUGGGUCACACGUUACAUGCUGCUCUACGGUGACCGUGUGGACAGCUGGACGCCAUUCUACCAGCAAGGGCACAACGCGACCUUCUUCGGUAACGUGAAUGAGUCGGCGGUGGUGCGCCACGACCUGCACUACCACUUCACGGCUCGCUACAUCCGCAUCGUGCCCCUGGCCUGGAACCCGCGGGGCAAGAUCGGCCUGCGCUUGGGCCUCUACGGCUGCCCCUACAAGUCCGACAUCCUCUAUUUCGACGGGGACGAUGCCAUCUCCUACCGCUUCCCGCGAGGGGUCAGCCGGAGUCUGUGGGACGUGUUCGCUUUCAGCUUCAAGACGGAGGAGAAGGACGGGCUCCUGCUGCACGCGGAGGGCGCGCAGGGCGACUACGUGACGCUCGAGCUGCAGGGGGCGCACCUGCUGCUGCACAUGAGCCUGGGCAGCAGCCCCAUCCAGCCCAGGCCUGGCCACACGACCGUGAGCGCUGGCGGUGUCCUCAACGACCAGCACUGGCAUUACGUGCGCGUGGACCGGUUUGGCCGCGCGGCAAAUCUCACCCUGGAUGGUUACGUCCAGCGCUUUGUGCUCAACGGCGACUUCGAGAGGCUAAACCUGGACAACGAGAUGUUCAUUGGGGGUCUGGUGGGGGCGGCACAGAAGAACCUCGCCUAUCGGCAUAACUUCCGGGGCUGCAUGGAAAACGUCAUCUUCAACCGGGUCAACAUCGCAGACCUGGCUGUUCGGCGCCAUUCGCGGAUCACCUUUGAGGGUAAAGUGGCUUUCCGCUGCCUGGACCCGGUUCCACACCCCAUCAACUUUGGAGGCCCUCACAACUUCGUGCAAGUGCCUGGGUUCCCACGCCGCGGACGCUUCGCGGUCUCCUUUCGCUUCCGCACCUGGGACCUCACCGGGCUGCUCCUUUACUCCAGCAUGGGGGAUGGGCUGGGCCAUGUGGAGCUGAUGCUCAGUGAAGGGCAAGUCAACGUGUCCAUCGCGCAGACGGGCCGGAAGAAGCUUCAGUUCGCUGCUGGGUACCGCCUGAAUGAUGGCUUCUGGCACGAGGUGAACUUUGUGGCACAGGAAAACCAUGCGGUCAUCAGCAUCGACGAUGUGGAGGGGGCAGAGGUCAGGGUCUCAUACCCACUGCUGAUUCGUACAGGGACCUCAUACUUCUUUGGGGGUUGUCCCAAACCAGCCAGUCGAUGGGGCUGCCACUCCAACCAGACGGCAUUCCAUGGCUGCAUGGAGCUGCUCAAGGUAGAUGGUCAACUGGUCAACCUGACUCUGGUGGAGUUCCGGCGGCUUGGAUACUUUGCUGAGGUCCUCUUUGACACAUGUGGCAUCACCGAUAGGUGUAGCCCUAACAUGUGUGAGCACGAUGGGCGCUGCUACCAGUCUUGGGACGACUUCAUCUGCUACUGUGAACUGACCGGCUACAAGGGGGAGACCUGCCACCAACCUCUGUAUAAGGAAUCCUGUGAAGCUUACCGGCUCAGUGGAAAAACUUCUGGAAACUUCACCAUUGAUCCUGAUGGGAGUGGCCCUCUGAAGCCAUUUGUAGUGUAUUGUGAUAUCCGAGAGAACCGAGCAUGGACAGUUGUGCGGCACGACAGGCUGUGGACAACUCGGGUGACGGGUUCCAGCAUGGAGCGGCCCUUCCUGGGGGCUGUCCAGUACUGGAAUGCCUCGUGGGAGGAAGUCAGUGCUUUGGCCAACGCUUCUCAGCAUUGUGAGCAGUGGAUCGAGUUCUCCUGCUACAAUUCCCGGCUGCUCAACACUGCAGGAGGCUACCCCUACAGCUUUUGGAUUGGCCGAAAUGAGGAGCAGCACUUCUACUGGGGAGGCUCACAACCUGGAAUCCAGCGCUGUGCCUGUGGGCUGGACCGGAGCUGUGUGGACCCUGCCCUGCACUGUAACUGUGAUGCUGACCAGCCACAGUGGAGAACGGAUAAAGGGCUGCUGACUUUUGUGGACCAUCUGCCUGUCACUCAGGUGGUGGUGGGAGAUACAAACCGCUCCAGUUCAGAGGCCCAGUUCUUCCUGAGACCCCUGCGCUGUUACGGUGACCGUAAUUCCUGGAACACCAUCUCCUUCCACACUGGGGCUGCACUGCGCUUUCCCCCAAUCCGUGCCAACCACAGCCUGGAUGUCUCCUUUUACUUCAGGACCUCGGCUCCCUCAGGAGUCUUCCUAGAGAACAUGGGAGGCCCUUUCUGCCAGUGGCGCCGACCCUAUGUGCGGGUGGAACUCAACACAUCCCGUGAUGUGGUCUUUGCCUUUGACGUGGGGAAUGGGGAUGAGAACCUGACCGUCCACUCAGAUGACUUUGAGUUCAAUGAUGAUGAGUGGCAUCUGGUUCGGGCUGAAAUCAACGUGAAGCAGGCCCGACUGCGAGUGGAUCACCGGCCCUGGGUGCUACGGCCCAUGCCCCUACAGACCUACAUCUGGCUGGAAUACGAUCAGCCCCUCUAUGUUGGAUCCGCAGAGCUUAAGCGGCGUCCCUUUGUGGGCUGCCUGAGGGCCAUGCGUCUGAAUGGAGUGACUCUGAACCUAGAGGGCCGCGCCAAUGCCUCUGAGGGCACCUCCCCCAACUGCACAGGCCACUGUGUCCACCCACGGUUCCCCUGUUUCCAUGGAGGCCGCUGUGUGGAGCGGUACAGCUACUACACCUGUGACUGCGACCUCACAGCUUUUGACGGGCCAUACUGCAACCACGAUAUCGGCGGAUACUUCGAGCCAGGCACCUGGAUGCGCUACAACCUGCAGUCGGCGCUGCGCUCUGCGGCCCUGGAGUUCUCGCACAUGCUGAGCCGGCCUGUGCCGGGCUACGAGCCAGGCUACGUCCCAGGCUACGACACCCCCGGCUAUGUGCCAGGUUACCACGGCCCCGGGUACCGACUGCCUGACUACCCACGGCCUGGCAGGCCUGUGCCUGGCUACCGGGGGCCUGUCUACAACGUCACGGGCGAGGAGGUCUCCUUCAGCUUCAGCACCCACUCGGCCCCCGCCGUCCUGCUCUAUGUCAGCUCCUUCGUGCGCGACUACAUGGCUGUGCUCAUCAAGGAAGACGGGACGCUGCAGCUCCGGUAUCAGCUGGGUACCAGUCCCUACGUGUACCAGCUCACCACCCGGCCAGUUACAGAUGGCCAGCCCCACAGCGUCAACAUCACCCGUGUCUACCGCAACCUCUUCAUCCAGGUGGACUACUUCCCGCUGACUGAACAGAAGUUCUCUCUGCUGGUGGACAGCCAGCUGGACUCACCCAAGGCCUUGUAUCUAGGGCGAGUGAUGGCCCCUCUUUCUGGGCCUGCCUCUUCCUCAGAGACAGGAGUCAUUGAUCCGGAGAUCCAGCGGUACAACACUCCAGGUUUCUCAGGCUGCCUGUCCGGUGUUCGAUUCAACAAUGUGGCUCCCCUCAAGACCCACUUCCGAACUCCUCGGCCCAUGACUGCUGAGCUAGCCGAGGCCCUGCGAGUUCAGGGAGAACUGUCAGAGUCGAACUGUGGAGCUAUGCCACGCCUUGUCUCAGAGGUGCCACCUGAACUUGAUCCCUGGUAUCUGCCCCCAGACUUCCCAUACUACCACGACGAUGGAUGGGUUGCCAUACUCUUAGGCUUGUUGGUGGCCUUCCUGCUGCUGGGGCUGGUGGGAAUGUUGGUGCUCUUCUACCUGCAAAAUCAUCGCUACAAGGGCUCCUACCACACCAACGAGCCCAAGGCCACCCAUGAUUAUCAUCCUGGUGGCAAAACUCCCCUACCUCCUUCAGGCCCUGCCCAGGCUCCUGCCCCUGCCCCUGCCCCAGCUCCCACCCAAGUUCCAGCCCCAGCCCCAGCACCGGCCCCGGCCCCUGCUCCAGGCCCUGGCCCAGGCCCCAGGGACCAGAACCUCCCUCAGAUCCUGGAGGAGUCCAGGUCUGAAUGAGUCAGAAGGGCUUCAGGGACCAAGCCCAACUCCUCUGAAUCCCCCAAUUCCUGCCACCACCUCCCCCCUCCCUACAGGGACAUUUGGCUCCUUUUAGCUGGCGCUGCUCAUCCGGAGGAUUCCCCUCCUGCCAAGUUUGAUGGGCACAGCUACAUAUGGGACCAAAGGGAGUGGCUGAGCCUCACUGCCUAAACCAAAUGCCCUGCUCAUCCGUUUCCCCAGGCUCCUGGCUGUUUGCCUGCCCAACAGGAGAAGCCCUGUGGGGCUGAGAUGGGCCCUUCCUGCCAUCUCUGCCCCAGCUGCUGCCAGGGAUUAACAACAGAAUACUGGGGAGAUGAGCUGCUUCCCCUCCUGUGUACAUUAUCAGCAGGGACAGAUGUGGGGGUGUUGCAGGACUGCACAGGGCAUGGGGGGAGGAGGCUGCUAAAAACCCCAAGCCUCCCCUCUGCCCCAUAACCCACUGUCUUCCAUCUGCUUCCUCUCAGUUGGGGGGCAAGGGAGGGCUUCACUGCCCUCCCCCUCUUUUGUUUUUGGAGACCGAGAGGUCUCGGUUAGCACUUUAGUACCUCCGCUGCUUUAUACGCUUUAGCCAAAGCCAUACAGAGCCUGCAAGUAGAGAAAAGAAUGCAGACACCCUGCCUAGCCAGCCCUCCACUCCUCUCCCUUUUCCGAGAUAUGCAAUCGCCUGGACGUCUGCCCACAGGCCCAGCCCCUCUCCAGUGCAUGAGGAUCCCCUUUCCUCCGCUCAGAUGCUGCUGUUUGCCCAGGAGGUCAUAUUCUUUAUAUAUAUUUUUUGUUGCAAAGUCUCUCUCUAGAGAAAGUAUAUAUUAUUCUAAUUUUUUUAAUUAUCUGUUUAUACAUAAAAGAACUCAGUGGGCUGUCCUGUGCCGUGCCGUGCCGAGUCUGUAGUGAGCUCCUUCCGUGUUGGGACAUCUCAUGAGUCCUGCCAGCCACUCACCCAGCUUGCUGGGCCUCCACUCUGAAGCAGGGCAGAGCCUGCUGUGCCCUGGACUCUGUGCAGGUUCAAUAAAGCAGAGUGGCCGAGCCCAGUCUGUGUGUGGUGGCUGGCGCCGCGAGCAAGGA